AUGGCAUUCCCUAUACCUCAAACACCUCCAACACCCUCACCAGUCGUUUUUAAGAAUGCUUCACUCAAGGUGAAGCCUCUUUCUUUUCCGGAUAGUAACGUUGACCAGGAAGCCUUUAAGCCGGGCGACGGUACUUGUCCGCCAGAAGUUAUGUCAAAAAUUCUAAAGGACCACUUUCACUACCUCGAACAAUGUUUAGAUAUUUACGAUAGUAGGAGACCAUCAAAAUCUAAAGAAAAACAGAAAGAAUUGAUUUCCGCUGCUGCUGUGCCCUCGAAAACACAAUUUGAACUUGAUCCAAAAGACGUUGGCGGUUUGCUUGAAGUGGAUGAUCGAGAUGAAUGUAUCGCACUUAUUGACAGCUUCAAAACAGAAUAUGAGAAUUGGCCUGGGUAUGACAGCGAAGAAUUACGGCGUAACAUUAUUAUGCAUUAUUUUGAUGAGCGCCUUUCUAUUCUUAUGAUUGUAUGUCACUUGUUUCGUCUCGAAAAUGAUCAAGAAUCGAUUUACCAUGAAUUGGCUAAAGAUUUAAUAGAUAGAUUUCAAUGGGAUGCUUUCUCGGAUCGAAUAUAUCAACAGUUCAAGAGGCAGUUCACCAACGGAACACCUAAAAAUUGGGAUUCUAAAUUGUGGACUAUGCAAUCACUAAAAGAACAAAAAAGCUGUCUGGAAAUAUUAUUUCUAAUCUAUUAUCUUCAUAUUCCCUGCCCUCCCAAACGUGCAUUUGAAAUUAUUGAGCAUUUUAAUCAGAUAAAGUUUGGCCUAAAACAACCGCCUGAACUCGUUAUUGACUCCUCAGUUAGUCCGUAUGUGACAUAUGUAAAUCAUGUAUGUCAAGUAUUAAUGGUUGAAGUUCUUCGUGAGCCAAACUUCAAAAAUGCUGUAUUGGAAGAAAAUCCCCGGGAGGAUACUUUAUUCCAUUCACCAUCAGGAAUAAUGCAAAUAAAUGAAUUAGCUCAUGACAUGGAUCAAGAUUAUUCAUAUGGUGUUUUCCUGAUUUGCUGGUCUUGUUAUUUGCAGCAUUUACAACAACUUUUUGAAGGAGGAAACGUGCCCGCAACUUACGGAGAUGUGGAAAGCUUCGCAACUGAUUCAGCUUUAAUUCAUGGUAAUAAAGCUAUAGCGCUAGAAGUAUUUGCUUAUAUCUUAGAAAUAGUCAAAGGUCCCUGUUUUCAAUCGGAUGAUCCAAACUUUGGUGGCUAUGCAACAGUUAUGAGAGAAUUAUUUGUUUCACUUUUAGAGGCGAUUGACCCUAGUAUGUUACCUACUCGGAAUUAUGAGCUAUUUGUAGAGGCUUUUGCAGAACUUCACAAGAUUGAUGAUGGCUUCGCGACUUUAUUGUGGAUUGAAUACCAACAGAAUGGGCCUUCGAAAUUGAUACUGGACACCGCUCUGCAGCGAUUCCCGCAAGAGUUUCGUCCUUUUAUCCAAUUGAUGACGGCUCUAUCAUCUGAAGAAGAAUCAGCAUUUGCAGUAUUUGACCAUCUUCACUCAGUCCCCACUUGUACAACCAAAUUUAAUACUGAUUUGAAUCAAAACUUGGAAGGAUCCGGCAUUAAUGUGAGAUCAAUCAAUCCGAUUUCAGUAUUUGAUGAUGCAUUAUACAAAAAUUCUUUAGUAAUUCCACCAGGUACAACUGGAGUUAUAAGUAAAAAACUAGACGGAAGCAUGAUAAUUCGAUGGAAUUUCCAGUAUUCCGCAUGGCACUUAUUUGCUAAAAUGUUGCAGUCGUUUUCACAUUCAAACAUUGGUAACUUUACUGAUGAACUCUUGUUAUCACGGGACUCAAGGGUUUCAAUGAUUUCGGACAUUUUAGAUUUGCUGAAAACAAUACUGAAAAAUAACAGCGUUAUCCCAGUGUAUUUGGCAACCCAUUGGAACGCUGACGGAGAUCUCGAUUGUUUGCAAAUGCUCUAUCAACUUUUACUUUACGUGUCUCAUGUCACUCCAUUGCCAAUUUAUUUAAUUGGUUCUUCUAUGGAAUGCUUUAGUGUCUUUGUUAGGGAUCGCCCGCAUGAAGCUUAUUAUUAUUUCUCGACAGCAAAAUUAUUUUCGCAAGAACACAGCCUCGAAAGGAUCUCUCGUGGUUUUCAACCUUAUGGACAUUUGCAAUUUAUGUUGAUGCAUGUGGAGAGUGCUCAAGGAAGAUAUCCGAUUACCAUUGCUCUUUUAAACUUUACAAUAGAAGUAAUAUCAAAGGCUCAUCAAUUUCCAACACAAUAUAAUUCAGAAUUUGAAAAAUUGCAAAACGAGAUUCUUUCUUCUUGCUUAUCGUACAUCACUAAUCUAAUAUUCACGUCUUAUGAUAAUUGGCGAUAUGUGAAUAUUGAAGAUAGGUUCCUUAUAGGAUCUAAAAUUUAUGAAAUAUUCAAUAGAGUGUUGGUGCGCUCUGCGUAUCCCAGCGAAAUGCCGAAAUUCGACGAUCCUAUGUUGGAUUAUGCUGGAAAUCCUAUGGGCUCUAUUCAACAGGAAUUGGUGUUUAAAUUUCUGUUUAAUGGAGGAAUCCACCAAAUCUCGCCGUUAUUAUUGAUAGUUCAACGCGGAAACGAGUUUAUUCAACAAUACGAGAAAGCAAAUGCAAUUCGAAUAGCUGAUCAAAUCAAAAAAACGCUGGAAUUGGCAUUGACUUUCUUGUCACGUUUGUUGAGAAUAAGAAAGAUUGUAAACGGUUCAGUUUCGUUACUUGAGCAUAUCUUAUUGGGGAAAAAUGGAGGAGUUAAAGAUAGUCGUGGAUUUUUAUACGUAAUUGCAACAUACAUCAAUUAUUCUUACAAAAUGGAGGUACCCACCAUUGCCACGGACAUAUUAAUAUUGCUGGUUUGUACAGCAGCUGAGUUGCAUCCACCAUUACCAUCUUUAUGGGGCUAUUUUGGAGACGAGCGGGAAACUAGAAAUCUUGAAAAUUCAUUUAUUCAUCAUCUUAAAAAUCGAGAUUUUCCUCAAAUGCAAUUAGCGAUUCUAAAUUUUUUAACGGUUUCUGCGGAUUAUCGUUUUGGAUUAUUUAUUGAUAAUAAUACGACGUCUGAUAACAUCGUCACGGCAACAGGAUCAACAAAUUCACCAUCCUCUAAAAACAAUAACGAGAACACUGCCACGCCAACUAAAAAACAUAUUUCAAUUGUAAGAAUAGCUCUUGAUAUGCUUAACGAUUGGAAAACCAUUCAACAGUCAACACCAACUGUGCUUUUAGCUUUAUUAAGAUUGAUAAAUGCCAUCUGGAAAAAUGGAUUAUAUUACGAAAAAUUAUUGCAAAGAUUGCGAAAAAAUGAUAAACUUUGGUCCAACUUCUCUGCAAUAUUAUUUGCAGAUCUCGAAACAAUUCCCGAUGAUUGGAAUGGGUUCUACGCAACUGCUGAUCGAUUCAUUAGCAAUACAAACGAGAGCAUUAUCGAAGUAUAUGUGAAUAUCUGCAUUAAAGCAUAUGUAUUGAACAUCAUAAGUUACGAGGAUGACCUAAGCUUUCAAAAUUCGAAUGGUGAAAAUGAAAUUAACAAAGGAAAAAAUAUAAAAGAAGUUUUAGCGUCAUCAGCUGGUCUCGAGCUAAUUUUAAAGAACAUAAAAGAAAACGAUAAGUUAUUGGAAUGGUUAAAAGAAUUCACACAGAUUGAUUACGAUCCGAGAUUUGAUCAACGUUGUCUAGAAUUAAAAGAGAUCAUUCCAACUUUUAACUUCGAGGAGUUGCGAGUAUUGAAUUGGAAUGAGGAUUAUGAUAUAACUCGAAGUUAUGGUGACAACUAUCUUUACGAUGUAGUUGCAACUUAUAAAUUAGCAUCUGUAAUGGGCGUAGAUGAAAAUUAUAUGAUCGAUAUAAUGACGCGUCUAUGUCAAAGCAGCCAUAAUUGGUCACGAACAGACGCACAGGUGGUUCUUUUUCGUUCUUUUAAAGGAUUCAUUGAGGUGUUGUCCGGCACACUGGGCAAGAUUUUUUGGGAAUCGAAAAGCAAAAAAGACGUGAGAUGGGAUGUUUUAUUAUAUAUUUCUGAUAUAAUAGCGAAUGAAAAGCGGGUCGGUAGUGUGAUAAGAAUAAUCCGAAAUGACAUGGCCAAUUUAUUAUUAACAUUACUUGAACAGACACCACUUGCCAAUCAACCAAAUGAUAGUACAUUGUUUGGAAAGUUGUUGUUAAAAUUGCACAAGGCCAUUACGAAUGAUGUCGAUUCAAUUGAAGAUUCAAUAAAGGGCAAAGUUCAGCCUGCAUUUCAUAAACCUUUCUUGAACUCUACAUUGUUCGCAUUGCGUGGAAUUGUUGAUGGAAUGGAUGACUCAUUAAGCAAAGAUCACGACAUCUUUUGGAGAUUCAGAGACACCUGUCAUCGACUUCUCGCGCGAAUUUGCACAAUUUUGAAUAAAUACCCAUUAAAAGAGAUUGAGGAUGAAGAUAUUGCUACAUUGAUAGCAAUAAUUGAAAAGAUACUUAAUCCAAAGUGCAUAUCUGAUAAUCAUAUAUGGAUGCCAAUUCUCGAGCAAUGUAACGUAAUCCCUAUGCUGCUCGAUAUAUUCUCCCACUCUAUCUCGAUUCCUCGUAAAGACCGUCCUUCUUACGCAACAAAUGCGAUGGAUCUUAUAUUAUUGCUUAACAAGUUUCCACUUGCUGCUAAUAAAUUGGAAAUGCAUGGGAUAAUUCCAAUUUUUUUCAAUAAUAUUUUAUCGGCUGAUUUGCGUGAAGGAAAAUUACGCCCAAAUGCCUCGGAUGACAAGCAUGAGAUUUGGUGCUUUAUUUUGGCUGUAAUCACUAGAUUGCUUUGCACUAUUGGAGGCAAAAAUGAAAAAUUCAUACAAAACGUAUUGGGAUUUAUCACUUUAUAUGGAAAGCAAAUACAAAAUGCAUUAUCUUGCGAAUCACCUAUUACGAUAGGAUUAUUAGAAGAAAUAGAACGUACAACAAUGUUACUAUAUGAGCUAUCAUUGUAUAUAACGCCAGAAAACUUUACAGACCCAAACGAAGUCUCUAUAUAUUAUGAGGACUUAUUAAAAUUGUUGUCAAAGAUCAAUUAUUUAUUCACCCAUCCUAAAACUGCAUCAAAAGUCAUAGUACCAACCACAAGACAGGAAAAACAAUUAUCAAUUCAAAAUUUCCCCAAAGAGAUUCAGUCAGCUCUUGCGGUCGUAUUAUCCAGCUCCGAAGCGAAAGACAUGAACAAAUUCUUGCAAUGUACACAACAAAAAUUUUUGACAAUUGUGAGAAACAUUCUAGCGACAUGUGUUAUCUUGACUAAAGCCGAAGAUAUCCUCGCUAAUUCACCUUCGGACGCUCUUGACUCAUUAUUAACAUUCGAUGCGUCAUCAAAAGUAGGAGAAAAAAUACCGGCCACUAUUCAAACCUUGAUCGAAUUAUCCAGCUAUGGAUUUACCAUGCUGAAAUUCUGGGAGCAAUGCUUAACGACCAUCACAGACAAUAAAAAAGGUGUUGAAGAAGAUUUGGCGUUAUGGCAAAUCACAUGGAACAAAGUACCAACGUUUUUGGAAACUAUUUUUGUGUUGACUUUAACACAGUUAGCUUUGGCAACCUAUACUGCACGUGAUGACAAUGUCAUACAAGAUAUAAUUCUUCAGGCAGCGGAAGUGAAAAGGCAUUUGACACGGGUUGCGGAUAUUGUUAAAGUAUUACAUGAAAAAGGGAAUGACGCUACUAAGGCAGACUAUCAGUUAUGGUCACUUUCUGUGGUGCUACGUGGAUUAAACCGUUUCAUGGAUUCUCGACUGCCCAAUGAUCUGUAG